GGCAAGGGCAGAAGCCGGCGUGCGGCGUGCGGCGUGCAUGCGUGGACGACACUCGCGAUGCGGCCGCUCCAGCUUCGCCCCCAAGUGGCCGCCGGCGGCGGCGGCGGCGGCGGUCCUGUUCGGCCCCGCGGCCUUCCCGGCCGGCUGGGUAUCCGAUCGUGUUGCAGCGACAAGAUGGGAAUCAGGAAGGCGCAGGUGGCCGUAGCAGCAACGACAAGGGGAGGAGUGAACAAGACGACGGCAGCCACGGCGGCGGACGUGGUGAGGGCGUUCUACGACGGCGUGAACCGUCGGGACCUGGCGGCGGUGGAGCCGCUCAUCGCCGAGGGCUGCGUGUACGAGGACCUGGUGUUCCCGCGGCCGUUCGUGGGGCGGGACCGGGUCAUCGGCUUCUUCGGCGAGUUCAUGGGGACCAUCAGCGCCGACCUCCAGUUCGUGAUCGACGACAUCUCCGCCGAGGACCCCGCCGCCGUCGGGGUCACCUGGCACCUCGAGUGGAGGGGGCGGCCGUUCCCGUUCAGCAGGGGAUGCAGCUUCUACCGCUUGCUGGAGUCGUCGGAGCAGGAUCAGCCGCCGCAGAUCGUGUACGGACGAGACUGCGUGGAGCCUGCCGCCAAGCCCGGGGAUUUGGCACUGGUUAUCAUCAGGGGAGUGACGUGGAUCCUUGAACGCUUCCCAAGCCUUGCCGACAGGUUCUGAUCAACGAGCAUGCAUGCGCCCUGGGCUAGGAAGAAAGUUUAUGCGUGUUGAAUCGUCGAUAGAUGGCUGGAUGCAAGGGGAAAAAUAAUAGAAAUGCAAUCUUAAAAUGGGGGAAAAAAUAUUAGAUAUGCAUGUUGCAUUGGGGAAAAUAGCAAAAACGGGCAUGCUGUAAAAAUGUCUGGAUGGAGGAAAAAAAUAAAAGUUGAUAGAUAUGUUUUUUUUAAAAGAAAAAAGUUGAUAGAUAUGCACGUUGGUAAAAGAUAGAAAAAAAUAGAAAAAUAAAUGGUCCCGGCGGGGCUCGAACCCGCGACCUUCGGCUCAUAAGACCAACUCUCUAACCAACUGAGCUACGGGACCAACUGCAUUU